UAAGUUACAAGAUCAUGGUGUCCCCCUGUGUCCCUGCCCCUUUCCCAGGCAGCUGGACCAGACACAGGUGGUCUGCAUCACAAAAUCUUUCAUAUGUUGAAGAUGUGCCUUCAUGUCAGGUAAAAGGAGGUGUGGAACGUGGGUCAUCUUCAGUGCUGCAGGCAGGGUACUCUGAAGGAUGGACAUCAACUGUACUGGGCUACAAGAUCCUAGAGAAGAGGAGCAAGUUUACGGUUUAUAAGAUCUUGGUAAAAGACAGUAAAGAAAGUUGGGUCAUUUUCAGAAGAUAUACAGAUUUCCAUAAGCUCAACAACAAGCUUAAAGAUUUGUUUCCCAGGAUUUCUUUGCCUUUUCCCCCAAGAUGCAGGUUUAAAAAUACCUUUGAGGACGACUUUCUCAAAUCUAGACAAAUUCAACUUCAGCUAUUUCUGGAAAAGCUGGCCUUACACAAAGACAUGUAUUAUUGUGACCCCGUGCGAUACUUCCUGCAUUUGGUAAACUCUCCAGAUAUAUUUGAAAGUUUAGAUGAAAGUCGGGCCUUUUGUGAGUCACUACAGGAGAUGAACCAUCGCCUCCAGAGGGCACUGUCAGACAAACAGAGAGAGGUCGAGAUUUUGAAGGAAACUUUGGAGAAGAGACAAACUCACCUGGAGCACCUGAUGAAGAAAGUCAAGUGAUAUUAGCUA